ACAAGCAAAAAUCACACGGUAGUUAAACAUGAUGACGUGGCAAGCAAGCAUCCUCAAUCAAAAAGAUGGUGUCUCUACUUCCAAAAUCAAGCCCUUCCUUCACCUGGUUUCUUGAUCACCACACAAUCAGAAUUUCAUGAAACAAAAACAACAAAAUUCAUCACUCUUCUUCUCCAUCAUGAAACUACCUAUAUACAUAGGCUUCUUCGUCUACAUCCGACACCAAUUCACCAGACCAAAACCAGAUAAUAACAACAAUAAUAAACAUCAAUAACAAAAUUCAACAACAAUGGCAGCCGCAUCAUCUUCCUCUGUAAAUCACAUGCUCCAUCCUCUUCAACAUCACACCUUACUUGUUCCUAAACUACCCAAUGUUUUCAAGUAUCCGAAGUUCCAAUCUACUUUUCAGUACUCAUCUUCAAGAGUUCGACCGCUUUCUGCCCUUGUUGCCACUGAAUCGGAGACAAUCACUCAGCCCCAAGAUUCAGGGGAAGUUGACUUGUUUGCAUGUCCUGUUUGUUUUGAACCACUUAUAAGAAAAGGUCCUGCUGGUUUCAAUUUGCCUGCAAUCUACCGUUCAGGUUUUAAGUGUAUAAAGUGCAACAAAUCAUAUUCAAGCAAAAACAUGUAUCUUGAUCUUACUCUAAUUGCUGGCGCAAAAGAAUAUGUUGAAGCUCAACCAUCUCGGACUGAGUUAUUUCGGAGCCCACUUGUUUCAUUUUUGUAUGAACGUGGAUGGCGUCAAAAUUUCAGAACUAGAGGUUUUCCUGGUCCAGAUGAGGAGUUCAACAUGGCUCAAGAGUACUUCAAGCCAGCAGAAGGUGGAAUUUUAGUAGAUGUUAGUUGUGGAAGCGGUUUGUUUUCCCGCAAGUUCGCAAAAUCCGGGACCUACUCAAAAGUCAUAGCUCUUGAUUUUUCUGAAAAUAUGCUCCGUCAAACUUAUGAUUUUAUGAAAGCGGAUGACACAAUUUUAAACUCCAAUCUUGCGCUUGUAAGGGCAGAUGUUUCCAGGCUUCCGUUCCCCUCGGGUUCGAUUGAUGCGAUUCAUGCUGGUGCGGCUUUGCAUUGUUGGCCAUCUCCUUCUAAUGCAAUUGCAGAAAUUAAUCGAGUAUUGCGAAGUGGUGGUGUGUUCGUUAGUACAACAUUCCUACGAUCGACUUCAUCAACUCCUGCUAUACUAAGGCCAUUUGAUCGGAGGAUUGCUGGGAAUUAUAACUACUUAAUAGAAGAAGAGAUUGAAGACUUGGUCAAAUCAUGUGGUUUCACAAAUUACACAUGCAAAAUUCAGCAAGCUUUCAUCAUGUUUUCUGCACAAAAGCCUUGAAUAUUUGCUUAAGCUGAUUCUUUGUAAGUAAUAAGUAUUCCACAAAGAAAAACUGAGAAGUCAGUUUAUGUAUUUAGAAGGUGAAUAUGUUAUUUCUAGUUUUUUGACAUUUUUAAAAACUACAUUUGUUAAGAAAAUAUUUCCAAAUUUCCAAAUAAGCAUCAUUUCGGUGUU